GUCGCCAUUGUCUGUAUGCAGUUGAAAAACGGUAAAACUCGCAAUCAGAAGCGUCCUUGAAUCGCAGCAAAGAGGAGGAGACAAUGCAGCCAUCUCACCCCCCACUCUACUGCCCUCUCCCUCUCCCUCUCAAACUCAGUCGAUGCCCAGCGACACGAACAGGCCGGUUCUCGACAGAUGCCCUACCUGGCCCCACGCGAAUUGGCAGUCCUGGUCGCCCAGAUGCUCGUUGAAGCCCUUGACCACCCCACCCCCCACACCGUACUGGGCCGCCUCGUCCAGCCGGGCACGGUGCACCACCUCACGCACACCCGUCAUGCUCACCACCUGUCCCCCACUGUCGCGGACGGCGAAGCACUGCAGCGGCACCCGCACCAUCACGCCGCCCACACUGGCCAUGCCGCCCACCACCUCCCUGUUGCUGCUCGUCCGGGUCGCUGCCGACUUGACGAAGUGGUUGACGGCCGCACGCACGCGGCGCCUCAGCACCGAGUCGGCGAUGAGGUACUCGUCGAUGGCCGCCACAGCGGCGGGGGGCUCGUGCAGGAAGGCGCCGAUCUUCCAUCCGACGGCCUCAGCCUCGUGUGGGCCGAAUGCCAUGUUGGAUGGGGAGGGGUGGGGGUGGGCGCCGUCGUGGUGGGGGGCGAGGGGCAGCAGACGGGCGAGAAGCAUCGAGUGGUCGCGCUGGGGGGCGAGGGCGCCGUUGAUGGCCGACAUGACGACCUCGGACAGCUCACUCAGCACUGUGGCGUACUCGGUCAGCACCAUCCCACGAGAGAGGCGGUCGCCCUCGGUGGCUGUGGGCAUGCGGGCGAUGGAUGCGGCCGCCCCGAACCGCAGCAGCGUCUGGAUGGUGGUCUUGUAGUCCUCGAUCCGUCUUGAGUGCCACUCGUAUUGCCCCUCUACAUGUUGUUCAAAUUGCUGCAGAAACACGUGCCGAUAGAGCCCGUCGGCAGCAUCUGCGAGUGGUGUCAUGUUGGGCCGGUUCGGCCUGCCUCUGUUGACGUCGUCGGCCGUGAGCUGGCGGCACAGCCACUCGAGCACCCAGGGGAAGCCGUGGUCUGCCGCCACGUGCAGUGGCGUUUGGCCGAAGGUGUCUGUUGCUGUCAUGUCGGCUCCGUGGCUGGCAAUGACCUCCAGCGCCGUCACGUUGCCCGCAAGAAUCGCCACUUGGAUGGGGCUGUUCGUUUGUCCGCCUGCAUUGACGUCCGCACCGCCGUCGAUGAGUGCCUUGAGGAUGUCAUGCUGCAGCUGUCGGGAGGACCAGGGCGGAAGGACGACGGGCACUCGCCCUUGUGUGUAAGGCAUAUCAUAGGCGCCGCUCGCAGAGAGGGAUGGUAUGUUUGUUGGGCUGUCGAUGGCGAACGACAGGCAGCUGUAUCGCCGGGUCGGGGCUGCUGUGGUGCCGCGGACGCGCAGGCCGCCAAUGGAUCUCGGGUCGGCUCCUUGCUGGAUCAGCUGUGUGACUUGCCCAAGUGUGAAGCUGCGGCGAAUGCAGCCCUCCAACAGCUGCCGGCUGAAAGGACUGACGCCCUCAUCGGGGACGAUGUCGACGUCGUCCAGCCCCUUCCAGCAGUAUGGCACCAAUUCCGGAAGUGCUUGCGAUGCAGUCAACGACGACUGGUCCAUCA